GUCGUAAUUAACCUUUCAAUAGAAAAUUUUCGUGCACCAAUAACAACACCAAGUAAAAUAACAAAACCGCGUCUUUUGUCUACACCUCUCUCUCUCUCUUCUCAGGUGACAAUUCCAACUUAACCGAUUCAGUCUGCAUCGUCAAUUUCCAUUCCCUUCUUCACCGACACAAUACUCCUCUUAACCCUUAUAAUCCAUCCAUCCAUCCAUCCAUCCAUCCAUCCAUAUAAUUAACCAGAUCUAAAUCUGAAACUGAAAGGUUUCAUCAAUUCGAUGGAUUUUUCUUCCUUUCAGUUUCUAUUUUCCAUUUUCCUCUUACUUUCUUUCUUCCCAUUUUCCUUCUCCGAGAUCCGUUUCUCCGAGAUCCGUAACGACGAUCGUCCCAUCGUUCCUUUCGAUCAAUUCGGUUUCACUCAUAACGGUCGUCUCGAACUCAACGUUUCCAAAAUCUCACUCUCAAAUUCCAAUCUCGAUCUUUCCAAAGUCGGUUUCUUCCUCUGCACUCUCGAUUCAUGGCUUCACGUUCUUCAACAACUUGAAGACGGUGAAAUUCGUUGCGCUCUUCAAUCAGAUCUUGUUAAAUCGGUUUACACUUUCAAUUCUCUUAACGGUAAAGAUUCUUUUAACACGCUCUACAAUGAAACCGAUUCCGAUCAGUAUAAUCUCGUUUUCGCUAAUUGUCAUCCUCAACAGCUUAAAGUUACCAUGGAUGUUAAUUCCGCUAUGUAUAAUCUUGACGGAAAAAGUAACGUCCGUGAUUAUCUUUCUGCUGGUAGAACAAUUUUACCUAGGGUUUAUUUUAUUUUCUCUUUGCUCUAUUUUACCCUUGCUGCUGUUUGGAUCAGUGUUCUUUACAAAAAACGAUUAACCGCUUUUCGAAUUCAUUACUUUAUGCUUGCUGUUAUAAUUUUGAAAGCGGUUAAUCUGUUAUGUGAAGCUGAAGAUAAGUCUUAUAUUAAGCGUACUGGAAGUGCACAUGGUUGGGAUAUACUUUUCUAUAUGUUUAGUUUUUUGAAAGGGAUUUCGCUUUUUACGCUUAUUGUAUUGAUCGGUACCGGUUGGUCUUUUCUGAAGCCCUUCCUUCAGGAUAAGGAAAAGAAGGUUCUUAUGAUUGUGAUUCCGCUUCAGAUUGUUGCUAACAUUGCUCAGGUUGUUAUUGAUGAGAGUGGACCUUAUGGACAUGAUUGGGUUACAUGGAAACAGAUUUUCCUUCUUGUUGAUGUUGUUUGUUGCUGCGCUGUUUUGUUUCCGAUUGUAUGGUCGAUUAAGAAUCUUCGCGAGGCUGCUAGGACUGACGGCAAGGCUGCUGUUAAUUUGAUGAAGUUGACUCUCUUCAGGCAUUAUUAUGUUGUUGUUAUCUUUUACAUUUACUUCACAAGGGUUGUGGUUUAUGCAUUGGAGACUAUUACUUCGUAUCGCUAUUCUUGGACUAGUGUGGUUGCUGCCGAGUUGGCUACGCUUGCUUUCUAUGUGUUUACUGGUUAUAAGUUCAAGCCAGAGGCUCACAAUCCAUAUUUUGUUAUUGAUGAUGAAGAGGAAGAGGCUGCUGCUGAGGCGUUGAAGCUUGAAGAUGAAUUUGAAUUGUAAUUUCACUGCAAAAAAUAAUAUUGAUACAGAUUAUGGUUUUGCCGGAGUAGAUAGAUGGUUGAAGAUGUUGGUUGCUGCUCAGUAAUGUUCAGGUUUCAUCACAACGACAACUGCAAAUUUUCAUGUUACAUUUUAUGGGUAUAGUAGUUGGUAUUCAUAAAUCAUUGUGCUAUAUAUAUCUUAGACUCUUGUGUAGUGCUGUGAACAAUAUAUUUUGUCUAAGUAUUGAUACUGAUACUUUGGAAACACUUUUUUCUUGCUGUGGUAGCUUUUAAUCUUGUUACCUUUUCAGUUCUGUAAUUCUCUACCUGCUAAUUUUGCAUUGGAAUAUUCCAACCAUUAGCGCUGAAGUUUUAAAUUUUUGGUGUAAA